AAUACUACAAUUUGUGUGUUUCAAUUUUCAACAAUUAUGGCUUUCCCAAGGCUAAUUUUCUUCUUGAUGCUUGCAAUAAUUCCUAUUUGUAAUGCACAAGGCUUGAAACUUGGCUAUUAUGAGAAAACAUGUCCAGGAGCUGAGGCUAUUGUGGAAAAGACAACUUCACAUUACAUCUCUAGAGCACCAACUCUAGCUGCUCCUCUUCUUAGGAUGCACUUCCAUGAUUGCUUUAUUAGGGGAUGUGAUGGAUCUGUAUUGCUAAACUCAACAAAGAACAAUCUAGCAGAGAUAGAUGCAAUUCCAAAUCAAUCCCUUAGAGGAUUCCAAGUAAUUGAAGCUGCCAAAUCUGAAUUAGAACAAAAGUGUCCUGGGGUGGUUUCUUGUGCUGAUAUUCUUGCUUUAGUUGCAAGGGAUGCAAUAUCAUUGAUUAAAGGACCAUAUUGGAAUGUUCCUUUGGGAAGAAGAGAUGGAAAAGUGUCAAUCAUGUUGGAAGCCCUUUUCAAUUUACCACCUCCUUUUGCCAAUAUUACUACUCUUAAAGCUCAGUUUGCCUCUGUUGGUCUCAAUGCAAAAGACCUAGUUGUUCUAUCAGGAGGGCAUACCAUUGGAAAUUCUCAUUGCUCUUCCUUCACAAGUCGAAUAUACAACUUCACAGGCAAAGGUGACACUGACCCAACUAUGGAUGCUAACUAUGUUGCUCAAUUGAAGAGUAAAUGCACCUCAAUUAACGACGUGAAAACCAUAGUUGAGAUGGAUCCAGGAAGUUUCAAGAUAUUUGAUGGAAGUUAUUAUAGUCUUGUGGCAAAAAGGAGAGGGCUUUUCCAAUCUGAUGCCGCCCUUCUCGAUGACAAUGAGACUAAAGCUUACGUCAAAUUACAAGCUAUGUCCCAUGGAUCAACGUUUUUCAAAGAUUUUGCUGAAUCAAUGGAGAAAAUGGGAAGGAUUGGAGUUUUAACUGGCAAAGCUGGUGAAAUUAGGAAGCGUUGUUCCUUCAUAAAUUAAUUUA